AUGCGCAAUUACCAAGACUAUUUUAUUGGUCCUCGGCAAAAUAAUGAUUUUAUUUUUAUACCUGUGCCUUGUGGUAAGUGCGUUAAUUGCAUUGAUAACAGACAGUCGGAAAAAGUAACACGUGCUCUUAUGGAAACCUAUACUUCUGGUGAUGUCCCUUACUAUGUAACGUUAACUUACAACCCUUUGCAUUUGCCUAAAGACAAAUGUUUGCGACCCACUGAUACGGUUAACUUUUUAAAGCGCUUGCGACAAAAACUAGUCCGACUUGGUUACGAUUGUAAAUUAAAGUAUUAUUUAUGUGGUGAGUAUGGCUCAAAAUUCGGACGUCCUCACUAUCAUGCCCUUAUAUGGGGCAUCCCAUCACAACUUAACUAUAAAGAGGUUUACAACCUUAUCUUGUCUGCAUGGUCAACGUAUAAGUUAGACAAAGACAAUAAACGUAUCAAACAAGGUAAAACAUAUCUCUUUGAAGAAUUAGGUUUUGUGUACGUAACAAGACCAAAACUUACUGACCCUGAUAUUGAUAAACAAGUAAAAAAUCUCGUUAAAUAUGUCACGAAAUACUUACAAAAAGCGAACGUACCACGAACAAAUGAUAAUAAAUCAGUUCGAGGAAGAGUGUAUGAUGUACGACAAGUUCGGUCGCAAGAACCGACGUCAAGUUAUGUCAGUAGUGCAGAAAAAUCGCAAAUUGAUGAAAUCAAUAAUGCCCGAAAUCAAGACAUUCAGUUUGACCAACUUAACAAAGAGUGGUACAAAUAUACAAGUCGAGUUCAAUCACAACGAGCAUUCCCAGUCGAUACAAUGGAAAUCCGCUUACUUGGAUUCGUACCUAGAACUAAGCCCCAAGAGGGUGAAAAACCCAAUCGUAUUGCCUACGAUUUGAGUUACUCCAACUCAUUAACUAUGAAGUUCGGAAAAAUUUAUCCUACCCUUGUAAAAGAGGUACUCCCAGGUGAUUCAUUUGAGAUUAAAGACAAUGUUAACGUUCAGUUCAUGCCAAUGAUGUACCCUAUCACUACACGCAUGCGAGCCUACACGCAUUAUUUCUAUGUACGAAACCGUACAUUGUGGAAAGAUUGGCAAGAUUUUAUCACAGGUACUAAGAGUGACCUUGUAUUUCCUACUCUGUCCGUUCCUAACGAUGAGCAACAUAAAAAAAUGUUCCGUACCGGAGGUAUAGGUGAUUAUCUUGGUAUUCCAACACGAUAUUAUAGUGGAGGUGGUAGUAGCGAAAUGACUUUUGUUUUGGAUAACUCCCAUUAUGAUAAUACAUUGCUAAACACUAAUAUGCAGUCAGGAUCUACAAGUGAAAGUUCUUUAACUUAUACUAAUUCUAAACUAACUACUGCUACUGCUUAUCGUUUCUUUUCUGUUCGUUUGCCUAACUCAAUUAAGUCUAUUUCAUCAGUUUCUUUGUCUAGUAGUGCCAAACUUUCAUUCUCCAUUAGUGCUGACGAAAUCCCUCAAAGUCCUGAUAGAACACCUUCGCUAUCUAUAUUAGGUGAUGGUAAUUUUAGUCUUGGAGAAACUGAAAUCAAUAAAAUCAAAGACCAUUUUCCUGAUAAUGAAUAUAUUUAUUUAUCUGUAUCUUGCCCUACUGCUAAUAUCACUGAAUUCGCUAUUACUAUCAAUUAUGAUGCAUCAUCACCCUAUUUGGAACAAGAUGCUGUUAACGUAAAUCCAACCUUGUAUAGCGGUAUUUCCGCUUUGCCUUUCCGUGCUUACGAAGCUAUAUAUAACACCUAUUUUCGUAACCCACAAAAUAACCCAUUUGUGGUAAAUGGUGUUGAAGAAUAUAACAAGUUCGUCACUACCUACACCUAUAACACCAAUACGGACUUCAGUGAGAUUGAAGAUGUACAUCGACUGAGGGAGCGAGAUCGACAAGUGCUGAUUCACUACGCAGAGGUCACAACAGCGGGAGAAGAAGGUCCAAGUUUAAGUGAUCGUGCAAGCAGCAAUGUUGGUGGUUCAAGAAGCGGUGAUAGUCCAAGCGGCCAAGAAAGCGAUGAUGGCUCUUCAGUCAAAGAUGAUGCUGUAGAAGACUCAGCUUAUGAAUACGAUUAUCCAGCGCCUUAUGUGGAAUACCACCACGGGAGAGAGAAAGUGCCCUGGAAUGAUGCUGAUGCUGCAGUAAAAAAGGGAAUUUUAGAACGAGAAAAAGAGGAAAAGGCAGCAAAGGCCGGAAGCCAAUCUAAGACCAAAUAA